UCACUACCAAAAAAAGUGUGGUGCUUGCAAAUAUAUGCCCAUUAGCUUCAGUAGCUAUUGAUUGUUUUGUUUGAGAGUUGUUUAAUUACAGAUAUCUCUUACAUACAAUCGAUGGCACUGGUACUAGAACAAAAUCAUCCGAGUGGUGUCCGUACAAUGUUCAAGAAUGGUGAAAAGGGCAAAAAGAAGGCCUUUGUGACGUUCUUGGGAGGUAGUGGUGACUAUGUGAAAGGUGUGAUUGGACUGGCUAGGGGUCUGGCUAACGUUAACUCAGCCUACCCUCUUGUUGUGGCUGUUCUGCCUGAUGUUCCUCUGGAGCACCGCCUUCUGAUGGUGCAGAGUGGUUGCGUUCUCAAAGAUAUUGAUUGGGUUCAGCCUCCAAAAAUUGAUGAAUCAAUAGGGUGGGCUCAUGAGCACUUCGCCAUCAACUACUCCAAGCUUCGCAUAUUCGAGUUUGAGGAGUACAGCAAGAUGAUAUACUUUGAUGGCGAUAUUCAAGUUUACGGCAACGUGGACGAACUCUUCGACUUGCCGGAUGGCCAAUUGUAUGGUGUUUUGGAUUGUUUCUGUGAAUGGCAUCAUUCCCCGCAGUACAAGAUUGGCUACUGCCAGCAGUGCCCUGAUAGGGUACAGUGGCCAGCCGAAUUAGGACAAGCUCCGUCCUCGUAUUUCAAUGCUGGAAUGUUUGUUUUCGAGCCAAGCCAGGCUACUUAUGAUGAUCUGAUGAACACAAUUAAAAUAACUCCUCCUUCGUCGUUUGCUGAACAGGACUUGUUGAACUUGUAUUUUAGGGGAAUUUUCAAGCCGAUUCCAAAUAUUUACAAUCUCUUGCUUCCAAUGCUCUGGACCCAUCCAGACAACGUAGAGCUUGACAAAGUGAAAGCUGUUCAUUUUUGUGCAAAUGGUUCGAAACCAUGGAGGUAUACCGGAAAGCAUGAACAUAUGGACCGGGAAGAUGUGAAAAUGUUGGUGAAAAAAUGGUGGGACAUUUACGACGAUGAAACCCUUAUCAUCUAUAAGACUACACUGGCAGCCAAUGUUCCAAUCACCGAAUCGAAUUUAGUAGCUCAGGAUAUUGCAGACAAGGAAAAAUCAGGCUUACGUCCUAUGGUCACCGGAGUGUUAGAAGUUCCAGCUGCUUCAUAGUGUUGUCAAUUUCAGCAGUGUAAUAAUGAAGGCAUGUAAUAGCUAGCGAACAAAUUGUUGUCUGUGUUUAUCUUUAUCAUCUGUUCCACUGGCGUUCAGCUAUCUUAACUGUUAUAUGUUCAGAUUUCAGAAUAUUUGUAUGUACUUGUGUUCGUCUGUUCGAUUGGCAUGAUAUGAUAAUACAGAACAAGGGAUUGGAUUGAUAA